AUGACCAUUUCACCAGCGCAAGGCAGUGCCAACCUGCUCGCCCCCUUCGCAGGCCGCUGGAGCUUUAACGCUCUCAUCGACGACCUCAUCUCCCAGUCCUACGACGAACCCUGCAUCUCGUACGUCAAAUCUACCGAUCCCUUCGAAUGGCAACAUGUCACCGGGACCCUCCUCGACCGAUGCAUUCGAGCUACUACCGCCUACUAUGCCGACCGCAUCGGAGUACGACGAAAGGACCAGCCUUGUAGGCAGAUCGGAGUGUUCUCCGACUCGAGUUUUGACCUCUCGGUCACAGAGAUGGCGUUGAUUCGCCUGGGUUAUGGAGUCGUUCUUAUCCCGCCAAACAACUCGGUCCCUGCUGUUGUGCACUUGCUUAAGAGCACCAAUUCGACGGUUCUUGUGUAUGGAAAGGGGAAGGAGGGGGCAGCUAAGCAGGUGUGUCAGCUGCUGCAGGCUGAGAUGGAGGGAAUGAAGGAAGAUGUAGUGCUGGUGGAGGUGAACCGGGUGGAAGAAGCUAUUGCGUCUCAUCAAUUACCAGCACCGACGAAAGAGCGAGAUCCGUACCAGUCCGAAGUGCCAUACGAACAGCAGGCACAGGAGCCUUCCUUUACGCUUCACUCUAGUGGCAGUACUGGUCUUCCUAAGCCUUAUACCUAUUCACACGAGGCAUACCUAAACAUAAUCGCCGACUACAUGCCCUACGACGCACUGUGCACUGCCCCCCUCUAUCACGGCUUUGCAUGCGCAGUUGCAUGGCGACAAAUCAUCCACCAUCGCCAUCUCUACAUCUACUCCGCCACCAUCCGUCCCGAUCUCGUCAGCAAAGCAGCCCGUCAUAGUACUGCCGAAAUCAUCUACGCUGUCCCCUUCACAUUCAAAAUGCUCAGCGAAGACGAAGAGAGUCUUGAUGUGUUGCGAAGCAUCAAGUUGUGCUGUUACAGCGGAGCGCCGUGUCCCGUCGAGGUAGGCGACAUGCUCGUCGCGAACGGUGUAAACCUUGUUGCUUUCCUGGGCGCUACAGAGAUGGGACAGAUCAUGGACAGUAUUCGAAACUUUUCAACAGACAAAGGCUGGAACGUCAUGCGUCCCAGCGAACGUUGCGCACCUUACCUAAAGUUCGAAAAUGUCGGCACCACUGAUGAAGGCCCCUACGAAAUGGUCUACAUGAAAGGCUGGAAAGCUUUGUCUAAAGUCAACCGUCCCGAUGGGAGUUAUGCUUCUGGUGAUCACUAUAGUAUUGUUCGUAACGAGGACGGGUCUAUCCGCGGCUAUGUCUAUCUGGGUCGAGGUGACGAUACUUUGGUUCAUCUCAACGGAGAGAAGACUAAUCCAGUGCCGAUGGAGCAAAGUAUCACGUCUUCGCCUCUGCUUCGUGACUGUCUGGUCUUUGGCGCUGGAAGGCAGUGUACUGGUGCACUCAUUGUUCCUUCCGAGCAGGUUUGGCAACCGUACGCGGGCUUUCCAGAAGAGGAGAGGCAGAGGGGGCUCAAGAAACAGAUCGAACCGCUGCUGCGAGAGGUCAACGCUCAGUGUCCAUCGCAUUCUCGGCUCGUACCGGAGAUGAUCCGAUUCUUAUCACCCGAAAAGCGCUUCCCUGUGGCAGAUAAGGGAAGUGUGAAGAGGGCACCAGCUAACUCUAUGUUUUCUGGGGAGAUUAAUCAGUUGUACAUAGAGCUCGAUCUGGGUACUUCCACACCUGACGAGGCUAAAGUUUCGGUUCACUCGAAGGAGCAGCUGAGGACACUGUUGAAGGAGGUGUUGGAGCGUUUCCUAGAGCUGGAAUUGGAUGGGAAGGAGAGUGUUGAUCUGACCAGUUUGGGUGUGGAAUCGGUGAUGGACAGUCAGAUUCGAAGUCAGAUCCAUCGAAGCGUUCGUAUGCCAGCGCCUCUUCCGAACACUAUUAUGUUCCAGCAUCCUACUUUGCACAAAUUGACGGAUGCUGUGCUUCAGCAUGUACGAGGUUGGUCGCAGAAUAGGCUUGCUCAUGGGAACAGAAAGAUGGAGCAGGAGGAAAGGACGUAUGAGCUGCUCAAAGAGUUGCGCUCGAAGCUCAAGCCUCGCAAUUCCAAGUUGGCGGAGCAACCACAUCGUCUUGAGAAGGAGAUCAUCGUACUGACGGGUGCAACCGGCUCACUUGGUGCACAUGUCGUCGACCAGCUUCGUCGCAAGCAGACCGUUAGCCAGAUCAUUUGUCUCAACCGUGCUGCUAAUCAUCAGGAGGCUGCGAAACGCACACGAGACUCGCUCGAAGCUCGUGGUCUCCCACCAUUGGAAGAAGGUUCCAGCACCGAAGUCGUCUCCCUCGCUGUAGACCUCAGCAAAGAUAACCUCGGACUGUCGCGGCAAGGAUACGCCGAAAUCUCCAGCAAAGUCACUUGUGUAAUCCACAACGGUUGGCCAGUCAACUUCAACAUGUCCGUCGACUCCUUCCAGAGCGUUCUCGAAGGUUCCGUUCAGCUUAUGAACCUCGCAGGUCAAAGCACGGGCACUGCCACGCCUCGAUUCAUUUUCUCAUCCUCCGUCUCUGUCGCUCUAGACUACCCCGGCACUGUCAUCCCGGAAACGAGCUUCGACAAUCUGGAAAACACAGCUUCAAUGGGCUACGCCCAGUCAAAAUGGAUCGUCGAAAACCUGUGCCGGGAUGCAGAGACGCUCAUUGGAGGUGGGUUGAAAUCUGUCCCUCCCGUAUCUCGAUGUCUCGGCCGUAACACGUGCACCUUGCUUGAGAUGCCGACGCAUCUUCAACUCAUGCGCAUUGGCCAAGUGGUGGGAGACCGAGAGAAAGGAAUUUGGAACGAGACCGAAGCUCAACCUCUCAUGCUUAAGAGUGCUCAGACGAUCGGGUGUAUCCCUGGCGAUGCUGAUGAUUUGUAUUGGUUGCCUGUCGACGUUGCUGGUCUCAUCACAGCUCAACUCACUACAGCUCAGCUAGGAAGGGAUUGCGAGCUGGUGCAUGCGGUAAGCGACGAAGCAAUGCCAUGGAAGAAGGCACUGGGCACCUUAGCAGAGGAGCAGAAUCUGGGAAAGACGUUCGAAGCGGUGCCCUACACAGAGUGGCUGAAGCGGCUGGAGGGGUCGGAUCAAAACCCCUCGCGGAAUCCGAUGAUCAAGUUGCUCGAUCACUUCAAAGCUAUGCAAGGGGUGGAGGGGAGGAUGGGUAAGUUUGAAACAAAGCGAUUGAGGGAGAUUUUCGCUUCAUCAUCGGUGGAGAAGGAAAUUGCUGAGGGGCUUCGAGCGUACAAGCCCGAGUAUCUAACUGCUACGGUGGCUACUUGGAGGAAGUCGGGCUUCCUUGAGUAG